AUGUCUUUACAUGAAGAAGUUCUUUUACAUGAUUAUGCUAAUGAAGUUUCAGAGUCUAGUUCACGCAUCUGUGAGGAAGUUCCUUUAUAUGAUUAUGCUAAUGAAGUUUCAGAAUCUAGUUCACGCAUCCAUGAGAAUGAUAAAGACAUGGUAAAUUUAAGAGACCCAAUAUUUCAAGAAAGGGAUAUUGAACUACGUGAAGAUCCAACUAAUAAUUCUAAUCACAGCAUUGAAACCAGCAGUAGCAUUAACAUAGAUUUUGAUCCAGAAAAAUGCAAGUGA